AUGAGCAAAACCCACCCACCAGAGUUGAAGAAAUAUAUGGAUAAAGAGAUGGAAUUGAAAUUGAAUGGAAAUCGGCGUGUUUCGGGAGUUCUUCGCGGGUUUGAUCCAUUCAUGAACAUGGUGAUUGAUGUGAGUUAAAAAUAAAAUAUCUGUUCGAUUCCUGAAUUUCUAACAUUUUCGGUCCGAAAGGGCAGGCUCAUACGUGUCAUAACAAAACAGUUUUAUUUCAGGAAGCCGUCGAACACCCGAAAAAUGGCGAUCCAAUCAACCUUGGAAUGACAGUUAUUCGUGGUAACUCCGUUGUUAUUAUGGAACCCAAAGAAAGGAUUUGA